AUGGGUCCAUUUUCUGCCCCAUCCCAUAUGGAUCACCAUCUAGCGGAGAAGAUUGCGUCUCGGUCGCACGACUUGUUUAAUGCCCGAGAGGGUCGCCCGCAGUUAGAGGUUACCACGUUUGAUCGGAGGAAAGAUAGCGCCAAACGAUGGUCUCUGCACGUCAAUGAGAGCUCCAGCAUCAAUGAGCUGUCGCAGUUGCACAGUCUGACAGAAGAUACCGAUGCCUGCGCCCAUAUCUAUACGAUUCGACAUUUACGAUCGUGGACGACGUUGAACAUAUCCCGCGAGCUGUUCGAACGCCUGCUGGCCACGUACAAUGUCUUUCCUCAUUUCUGGAAGACCGUCCUGACCUUCGGGCGAAAGACGGAAGAAAACGAAUAUGCAUUUCCGACGUUUCGGGCGAAAGGCUCUCGCGCAGAGCAUGGGCGAUAUGAGGAAUUGACAUACGUGAUUCGGCGCGUGGAGCGAAACAAUCGCUCCGUGGAACAGGGAGAGUGUCCAUGGUCAAUCCGCCAAACGGGAGUAUACCACAAACUGCGAUACCCAGACAGCGCGUCCGAGGAUAAGUCGGUGUUUAUAUUGGUUGCACCGUCGCGAGUCGCCGAGGGUGAUAUUGCAGCGUGCUUUCAAGAGACCUCGCCCGAGAAAGACACCAUGAAGCCAGCCUUCGUAGUGCACGAGCGACUUGUCAUGGAUAGUCUGAAGGGCUGGAUGGAAUAUAUGGCCUGGUUGGAGGAAGAGUCCAAGCAAAAGUCGAAUCGCGUCCUCGUCUCGGAUAUCGACAGCAAAAAGAUCUACUUCAGCGCCGACGAUCGUCAGCGUCUAAAGCAACUCGAAGACUACAUCACGGACUUGAUCGUAAUUCUCCAGACGAUGAACGAUACCGUCUCUCGCAUCGGAAAGAGUUGUCAGCGAUACUGCGAAGUCGGUUGCCAGGAUACAUGCUCGUGCCGUUAUAUGGUUGAAGAAUUCGAGGCAUGUGCGGCAGAAAUCCAGAUAUACCUGCAGCGCGCAGAGGUACUCAAAGCUCGAGUGCGAUCGACUGAGCAACUGGUAGUGCUAAUCAGGCGACAGUUGUCCGAUUUACUUGGCUAUGAGGAGACCCGAGCAUUGAAGCGAUUAGCGCAGAUAUCCCACGACGAGAGCCAUAACAUCACCGAGCUUACAAAGCAAAGCGUAAAAGACGCUGCGGCCGUGAAGAUGCUGACCAUUGUCGGCCUGGUGUAUUUGCCCACCACCAUUGUAGCGAACUUUUUCUCAACCGAAUUUGUCAAAGUCAACGAUCAGGGAGAUAUGAACAUCUCGAGGGAGGUUUGGAUCAUGGCCGUCUGUGCCAUUCCGUUGACCUUCAUCACGAUUGGGGUGUGGUGGUUCUGCGUGCGAUACGAGCCAUGGACUGAUUCACGGAGGAAAUGGAAUCAACUGAUUGAUUUCUGUCUGCGAAGAAAGAGGAAAGAAGAGGGGGAUUUGGAAGGAGGCAUCCAGCGGACGUCCACGGGGAAGGAAUCCGCCAUGUUCAGUUUGAUGACUUCGUUUACAGAUCGCGGGCCAUCUCCCAAGAAACCAGAUUAA